CGACGCCGCAACCUCACGAUGUCAGAUGAUUGCAGACAGGCAUUUGGUGGAGGUGACCCUGAAAGAAUUAUCUCGAGCCGCAACGCCUCCCUACGUGCUGCAGUCUGAGCAACUCUCCUUCGUCAUCGCUGCUUGCAAGAGAAGGGAUGCGAGGGCACUGGGGUUGCAGCGGCCCAAUCGACCCCGUCUAAUGUUUCCAGGUACCAAGUGGUGUGGUCCAGGCGAUGAGGCUGACAGUUUUGAUGACCUGGGUGAGCUGAGGGAGGUGGACGCCUGCUGCCGUGAACACGACCAGUGCCCGGACAACAUCAAGCCUCAAGAGACCAAGCAUAACAUCACUAAUGACUCCGGCUUUACAAUGCAGAUAUUUGAACUCAAUCCAGGAUCUGAGGACAAAUAUUAA